AUGAGCAAGACUGAGAAUGAGCGACCGGCUUAUCUACGUUUACCGGUGGUGCUUCUGCGCUGCGCGCAAUUGCUACUAGCGAUUAUCGUCCUAGGAUUUGAUGCCUACUGUAUUCACUACGUUGCGUACAGCGUCUUGAUCUACUCGUUGGUCGUUGUCCUUUCUACCAUUCUAGUCUGCACGUAUCUGCUCACGUCACAAUACAUUCUACCGAAGCUCAACAAUGUACACGUAGCGUUAGGGCUUCAAAUAUGGAUGCUUGUCUUUUGGAGUGUAGAUCUGGGACUUCUAGCGUACCUGGCAAACUUAUGGGAGCAUCCUCGAUGCGCCUACGGAUUUGAGGCAGAGUCACAGUGCACGACGUACGCAAGACGGGCCCCAUCUCUCCACAAAAGGAUCACUGCCUCAGCCAAAAUGUACUCUGCAGCACUAAUUGCAAGCGCGGUACUGGCGGCAUUUGAAGUUAUCCUCUGGAUUAUUACCAACGGCAUCCUGCUCCGAGACGUGGCAAUGCACCACUCGACUAUGUCGCAGCAAGAUGGAUGGCGGGAUGCGUACGUUCCUCGGCAACAUAGUCCCGGAGUCCAGUUAGGAUCGAGCCAAGCUCAUCACGAGCACUGGGACACGACAUCUGACACUUCCAUACCUCGAUAUACAGCUCAGCCAAUUCUUCCUUCGCCCGAGGAGCCUGGUGAUGGCCAACAAUCUAUAUACUCGCAAAACUCUCUCACUCCUGAGUCGCUGAGCUCAAGCGGCCCUGACAGGGUACGUCACUUGACUUCGGAGCCUGGGAGUCAGCAACUGCGGAGCAACUCAGGGCUACAUCCUGAAGGCUCUGCCAUCUACAAAAGUUCUAUAGUCGAACCUGUGGAAACGCUCCCGUUUUUCGUGCCGCGGAGGCUACACAGCCUUGAUGAUCUGUUUGUUAUCAAUUCCUCAGGAAGUUCCCUGAGAGACGUCGACAUCAAUUCAGAUCGAGGAGAGAGUGUUUGUGGUGUACCGGCUACUCCAUGA